AUGACAGUGUUGAGUAUGUUAAAGAAAACUGUUAACAAGAAGAUACCCGGAGUUUUGCCUCCGCCGCCAAAAAGUGAGAUAGAUGGUAAAAUAACGAAUUUGUCGAAUAAAACUUUACCAGAGCUACUUGAAUUGCUUGAGCGGCAACUAAAAUUACUGAACAAUAAGUCCUUUGUGAACAAAUUACCGGAUAACGGAGCUAAAAUCCAGUCUUUACAUGACAGAAUAUCCAUCGAAAUAAGAUCAAAACAGGAAGAGGAACAAACUUGUAAUUUAUUCAACAAUAUGAAAUUGGAAACAAUUGAUAAAAAUUGUGUCCAAGACGUUGAAUGGGAAGGGAAGGUAGCACAAAAUCACAACACAUAUCUAGACUCUGAUGAUGACAGUGAGCCUGAAGAUGUACUUCAUGUUUUAACCCAAAAACAGUCAGGGGAACGGAAAGUCAAGAUUCUGAAGUCAGAGAAACUAUUAGUAACACCACAAGAUCUUCUAGAUAUUGGUGAAAUACCCCAUAUCAAGUAUAUAGUGGAGAAAACUGAACACAACACUCACGCUAAAAGCACAGGAAAGUUUAAACCUUAUAAAACAACUACAUCUGAUGUGCACAAACCAGAAAAGGAAAUUCAAAGAAAAAAACAUAAACACUGGGAAGUAACUGCGGCUACUCCGCCCCCUAUACUGCAUGGGCCAGCAAAAAUUCUCACAAUAGAAGAAUCUCUUAGACUCCAACAAGAACAUAAUACACACUUGAAGAAAAUAGAAGCUCAACAUGCUGCAGAAAAAUUAUUAGCAAAGGCUGGAAUAAAGAUGCCUGAAUUGCCAGAAGAUACAAGUAAAUUUGGAAAUUACAGAUCUAAAGUUGACAAUGAUGACUCUGCCUCCGAAUCGGAUCCUGAAGGCAGCGAUAAGGAAGUACACGAUGAAGAGGACGAGAGAGGUGGAGUUAUAUUUACAGUCAUGAAAUGA